UCAAACCCGCGGCAGCCCCCGCCCGCCAUGCUGAGCGCGGCACUUCCGGGCGGUCACGUGGGCAGCGCGUCAUGUGACCCGCGGCGCCGCGGGCAGGAGGUCAUGGCCGCCCCCCGGGUGGUGCCGGGCGAAGCCUCCGAGAGCGACUCGGAGCCAGAGCUGCUGGUGGCGACAACAGCGGAGACCCCCGGAGCAGGGCUGAAGGUGCCGGGCGAAGCCUCCGAGACCGAAGAGGAGGAGGAGGAGGAGCCGAGGCCGAAGACGCCGCCGGUGCUGGCGGAGGAGCCGGCGGCCGUUUGGGGGGCCGGCCCCUCGCUGCUGCAGCAGCGGCUGCUGGAGGGGACGGGGCGGCUGCGGGGGGCGGUGGGCAGCGCCCUUCGGCAGAGCUACGGCAGCGCCGCCCGGAGCCUGGGCGGGCUGGGGGGAGCCCUGGGCCGGGCGCAGGUGACCGCCGCCGCUGCCGCCCACUGCCUGCGCCUGGCCCGCCGCGAUCUGCGCGCCGUGGCCGACACCAUCGACAUCGUCACAGCCUGCCACCUCCUGCCCGACAUCCGCGGGCAGCUCUGACCGGCACAGCCUGCCACCUCCUGCCCGACAUCCGCGGGCAGCUCUGAGCGGCACAGCCUGCCACCUCCUGCCCGACAUCCGCGGGCAGCUCUGAGCGGCACAGCCUGCCACCUCCUGCCCGACAUCCGCGGGCAGCUCUGAGCGGCACAGCCUGCCACCUCCUGCCCGACAUCCGCGGGCAGCUCUGAGCGGCACAGCCUGCCACCUCCUGCCCGACAUCCGCGGGCAGCUCUGAGCGGCACAGCCUGCCACCUCCUGCCCGACAUCCGCGGGCAGCUCUGAGCGGCACAGCCUGCCACCUCCUGCCCGACAUCCGCGGCCAGCUCUGACCGGCACAGCCUGCCACCUCCUGCCCGACAUCCGCGGCCAGCUCUGACUGUUCACCAUCCCCUCCACGGCUGUCACCAGCGGUGGCACCAACACCUGGCAGACACCUGUGGACAGCUGCCAGCAUCACUGCUGUCCUCGGCAUCGCCGGCACCGCAUGUGCCAGGGCAGGGUCAUCACCAGCAGCGUCAUCAGUGCAGCAUCCUGCCCAGGCUGGAGGUGUGGUGGCAUCCAGUCCUGUUUGCAGCACCCCAUGCUGACCCUGAAGGCUGUUUCACCAUGGUGGCAUUGUCACCACUGCAGCCACAGUGACACCGAACAGUGGCUUUGGCACAGAGGCCUGGUGCCACAGGACCUGCAUGCUCUGGUGACAUCACUGCUGGGCCCCUGGCCAGGGGUCACCAUCCCUGAACUGCAGCCUGGUGCUGGCUUGUCACCACUGGCCCCAACUGCCACUGUUUUAUGUGACAUGGAACUGAAUAAAGCCGUGGUGUGUCACAGCCA